AUGCCCGGUGUCGCCGGCGGGGAGGGCGGGCGGGGAAGCACACGUUUGCCCCGCCACAGUGCCCAGCGCUGCAAUGUUUUGGUUUGGUUGUUGGUUUUUUCCUACAGCCACUAUGUGGAUAUCGAUCCAGAAAAUCAAAAUUUCCUGCUCGACUCCAGUGCUGGGAAGAAGAAAUAUGAAACUCAGUAUCAUCCGGGUACUACUUCCUUUGGAAUGUCAGUAUUUAAUCUGAGCAAUGCUAUUGUGGGUAGUGGCAUCCUUGGUCUUUCUUAUGCCAUGGCUAACACUGGAAUUGCUCUUUUUGUGAUUCUCCUGCUGUUUGUCUCAAUAGUUUCUUUGUAUUCAGUGCAUCUCCUUUUAAAGACUGCCAACGAAGGAGGAUCUUUAUUGUAUGAACAGUUGGGAAUGAAGGCAUUUGGUAUGGCUGGAAAACUUGCUGCUUCUGGCUCAAUUACAAUGCAGAAUAUUGGAGCUAUGUCAAGCUACCUCUUCAUAGUGAAAUAUGAGUUACCAUUGGUCAUCAAGACAUUUAUGAACAUCGAAGAGACCACAGGAGAAUGGUAUCUUAACGGCGACUAUUUAGUGCUGCUGGUGUCUGUCAUCCUCAUUCUUCCCCUCUCCUUACUGAAAAAUUUAGGGUAUUUGGGCUAUACCAGCGGCUUUUCCUUGCUUUGCAUGGUCUUCUUUCUGAUUGUUGUAAUUUGGAAGAUGUUUCAGAUUCCUUGUCCUAUGGACAGUGACGUCAUGAAUAUGACAUUAAUAAACGCGACAUUAGCACCUUUACUAAAUGAAAACAUAACAAGCGAUGAUAUGUGCAAGCCAAAAUAUUUCAUCUUCAAUUCACAGACUGUCUAUGCUGUCCCAAUCCUGACAUUUUCUUUCGUCUGUCAUCCUGCAAUUCUUCCCAUCUAUGAAGAACUGAAAGGCCGAAGCCGUAAGAGGAUGAUGAAUGUGUCCUAUGUAUCUUUUUUUGCCAUGUUCCUCAUGUAUUUAUUGGCUGCUCUCUUUGGAUACCUGACAUUCUAUGGAAAUGUCGAACCAGAGCUGCUUCAUACCUACUCUGCUUAUCUGGGUGCUGAUGUUCUUCUUCUUAUUGUGCGUCUCGCUGUACUUAUGGCUGUAACCCUUACUGUACCUGUAGUUAUUUUCCCAAUUCGCAGUUCCAUUACCCAGCUGCUGUGGGCAGGGAAGGAGUUUAGAUGGUGGCGUCACUGUUCCAUUACCGUUGCUCUUCUGGCGUUUACCAACAUGCUUGUUAUCUUUGUCCCGACUAUCCGAGACAUCUUUGGAUUCAUUGGUGCAUCUGCGGCUGCCAUGCUGAUCUUUAUACUUCCUUCUGCCUUCUAUAUCAAAUUAGUGAAGAAGGAGCCAAUGAAGUCAGUGCAAAAGAUUGGGGCUGCAUUCUUCUUUCUAAGUGGUAUAAUUGUGAUGACUGGGUGUAUGACACUGAUUAUUCUAGACUGGACCCAUAAUGUUGCAUCUGAUGGCCAUUAACUGUCCUGGUUUAAUCUCUAAUACUCCACUUCAAAUGCCAGUGUUCGCUCAGAUACCUACUGAGAACCAAAAUGAGCUAUUCAGCUUCCUCUAAAGUGCAGAUUCUUUGUUGAUGGUUCUUCUGAUUGUAGAAUACCUGAACUCUGUCUUUAAGAAACUAUUCUGCAUGAUGGAAGUGGAUAUGAACAUCAAACCAUGUGAGUGUCUGGCUGAAGGAAGUGACAACUUUAUUCCAUUCCAGAGAAUGGACAAAACUCUCCGUAGACUCUUAUCAAGCCAUGUUUGGCUUUCGUCAUUGUUACUUGGAUAUUUUGUUAUUUUACUUGAAUGUGCCUAAUGGAACCAUUUGAUGUGAGAAAUAACUCUUUAAUUUACAGCAAAGUGUUUAAAUAACCAAUGAGAGAGAGAGAGAGAAACGCUAUUAUUUUUUGUACCAAAAAUUCUUAUGGACCUCAAAAGCACUAUUUUGACUUUAAGAAACAUUUUUCUAAAGAGAAUGAAAGAAUAAUGGUGUCCCUGCCCAUGGCAGGGGGGUUGGAACUUGAUGAUCUUUAAGGUUCCUUCCAACUCUAACCAUUCUAUGAUUCUAAUAACAUAGAAGAUCUCAUAAAAAUAUUGAAUCAGUGUCCUACAUUACAUCUAGUUUGCCUUUCUCUAGAGGCAUAAUUAGAAGAAAUUUUAUUUUAAAAAAUACUUCUAAUGACCAAAAUAGAAAAUGAACCAAUUCAAGUCAAAAUUCUCUAAUUAUAAAUGCUUCCCAUGAAAUUCACUUAGCUCAAAGUAGAGUGAAAAUAACCCUGAAAAUAAUUUGUCAAGUUACUUAAGUAACUACAGUUACCUGAGUUCCAAAAAAUGGUGUGGAAACACAAAUUUUCAAGCUUUAAAAAAACCCGCCCUUCAGAACGGGUAUGUUUGAGAAAAACAUAGCUAAUCUAGAAAUUGAAAAGGUGGCGUUGACAUUUCCCUUCUUGAGGUACUCAAUAGUGCAAUUGGGUAAAACAGGGUUUGGGGGGUUUGUCUUUUUGUUUUGGUUUUUUUUGUUUGGUUUGUCGGGGGUUUUUUCUGUUGUAGAUAUAAACUGAAUGGCUCUGGAGUAUCAUGCCAUUAAUAUAAAACUCCCUCCUGGAGUUCUCUUUAUUAAUAAGGUCCAUUUUCAGUUGUAGCAAUGUUCGUUGGUUUUUUUUUUUCUGUCCAAUCUAUCUUGAAACACUCUGUAGGAAAACAAAAAGGUCCUAAUGUAGUUUACUAGUUGUAUAAUAUUCAAAAGCUGUACAGUAUUUCUCAGAUUACUCAUCCAUUAUUGGAUUUUGAAUUACUUGACUAUUCUGUUUCUGAGUCAAAUCCACAAAAUAACUGCACCAGUAUUUCAUGCUUGGUACAAACUCUCUUCACAUACGCAACUGGGAUUCCUCUUCCAAUUUAUACUGUAUAGUAGCAUUAAAGAUAACCUCAUAGACUGGAUAGUCAUCUCAUACUUGUCUGCUUCAGAACUAGGUAAGUUCCUUAUGAGCCCUAGCUAGCUAGCUGAUGAAACAGGUGCUGUAUGGUUGUGAUUAGCUGUUUUGUUUCUAGUGCAUGUUUACUCUUUCAUUCUUAUCCCAGGUUGAAGAGACAUAACACUCGUAUAACAGCGUACUUGGCUUAUAAGAGGUUCUCAAACACAACAAUACUGGGUACAAAAGCCUAGAUAGAGAUUAUUAAUGAAAUAAUCAUGGCAAUGUGGUCAGCUGUCUUCAUCUGACAUGAGGCUUUAAAAAUCUGAUUUACAAAGUUCCACUCGGUCAUUGUCAGAGGGAACAAGUAAAGGGCCUGUAAUCCAUUGAUUAAACAGUGCCUGAGACUUUUUUGCUCUUGUAGAAUUAAUCAGGAACAAAGCUAAAUGAUAGUCACUCUUUGGCAGAUAAUGUCAAUUUCUGCCCAGCCAUUUAAAAUCUAUGAAAAAUAACUGCAGGUAUUUUGUAUUGAUCCUUCUGCAUGACUGUAAGUACUGGUCACUAAGUCUGUAGUGUAAAACUGUAACGAGAAGUUAGAUUCCUCUUGUGUUGUUUGUAUUAUUAGUUCAGUGGUACUCAACUGGCAAUUAAUGAUCCUGGAGUCAGCACUGACGACCGCUCCUUAGGUACUUCUCUGCCUCAGGUACUGUCCAUCCAUGGCGAGCUCUAUCCCAUGUUGUUACCUGAUCUCCACAGAGGUGUGCCUCCUCAGUCCUUUGGCAGCUUUUCCUCUUCCUCUCCACAAACACAGAAAGAUGGGAGAGGAUUAAAACGUCGUCUACCUUUGAGCAAUUUGUAGCACAUAAGGGAUGAAGCGCUUCCCUUGACAGCGUUUAGAAAGAAAGAGAGAGAGAAAUAGCCUCCGUUCUCUCAGUAACCAUAGACGAGGAAGGAGGUAUAGAUGAGAAGUUACUACAUAGUUCUCAGCAGCCAGAGAGGAGGAAGAUUUUUUGUGAUGACACCUCAUAAUGUAUCAUGCAUGUCACUUAAUUCUCUGAAUGUAGCAAUUUCCACUUUUUACAUUAUGUGUUACAUUGUUUGAUGACUGGCUCUCCACCUGCAACAGUUGAGUUCCACUUGGCUGGGUUGAUUUCCAACAUACGAUUUAUUUCAUUAAUUUUUCUUUUCCAAACCUGUCUGCUUAAAGUUACCUACAUUACAAACCACCUAAAAGAGCAGCUUCAGUAUUAAACCACUGUUUUGUCACCUCAGUUAGACAUUACUGUCUUCCAUGAUAUUUCAGUCAUAAAUGUAACAUGUUAUUUAUAAAGCAUUAAUCCAUUAAAACUAAACCUAUUUUUCAAUAUUUAUGAUAGUCUAUGUACAUAAAUUGUAUGUGUGUAUAUAAUGUAAGUAUAAUGUAUAUAAUGUAGGUUUGGAAUCUGUUUUAUGUAUAUAUUCCUCUCUCAUUACUGAUUGUUACAUCAUUUCAAGUUGUUGUUCAUGUUGUACAUCUGUAUAACAACUGUCAAAGGAAAGACUUUUUUUACAGCAAAAGGCAAUGCUUGCAAAGGCGGAAGAUAUGUGUUACGCCUGAGGUGUGUAAGAAAACACUAAGAUUGUAUUUAUUACAAAUGUAUAUGUUGCAAUAAACACAAGAGUCACUUGGGUCCAUAAAAAGCAUCGUUCAGGUUCAUGUAUACUUUUCCUCUGAAAUUUACCAUGGAUGUUACAAUUUCCUGAAUGGAGCAACUUAACAACUUUUACGAUCUAACAUAUUUGUUAGGCCACUAAAUUCAGGCAUCCUACGGUACAUCCGUGUACAUAUGUAAAUAUCCACUGUAUUGUUAAAGGCCAACACUCUAGCUACAGUUGUUGGCAGGGAGUGCAACACAGUUUCAAUGAAACAUUGUAUGUUUGUUUUAACUAAAAUAAAUAAAUAGAUAAUCCUAA